AUGGUUUCCUUCUUUGGCCUCAGACUUGGAGGCAAUAGGAAGAAGUCACAGGACAGCAGUAAAUUAGCUACGAACAAGAUACAGCAUUUACAUCGCAAUGACACAUACGAAACCGUCACCACAAUCACCGCCAUGGAAAUCAAGAGACAGAGCAACUUCUCCCGCCCACAGCUCGCUCGCCCUGGUACUUCACACUCAACGCUCGAGCCUCCUACGCGUGUUCCCUACAAGAACAGCGGCGGAGCGGCUUCAUCCAUGGUCGAUCUAAGUGCGCCGCGAGCACCAGGAAUGGGAAACCCUCGAUUCCACGCUUCAGACAUUCAACUCAACACUCGCUUCGGAAAUGGUAGCUCGACAAGUCUUGUGGCGCCCAGCCCUAUAAAUGCGGAUGGCAACAGACCCGGUACACCCACACGCCCUGGAACCGCUGUGUCGACAAAAGAGACCCCGAACCCGUUUAAUAUUCAUUUUGGAAAGGACUCGGUCAGCAGUAUACCGAAUACGCCCUUGGACGAGCCCAGUAGUCAUUCGGACCAAUUCGAAUUUAAUCUCGGAACCGAAAUCAAAGAUGUCAGGACCAAGAGCCCGAUUCCCACAGCUAAUAACGGCUAUCCAUCUCCUCCGCCUUCCAUCGUCAACGCUGAGCGACCUUUUUCUCCCGACAAUCGACCUUCGAGCAGUCGUCAAAACGUGCCUACCGCGCCUAGCCUUCACAAGCCUAGCACUGCCGGUCCUAUGUCUCUCCCCAGCCCAGCUGUCUCGGUUGCGCGUAGUGAGGAGGUCUGGGAGUCGCCUGUGAUUCGAAAUGUUUCAGCUAAGCGCGACACAUUCACAUUCCACAUGCCUAGAAGACAAAGCUUUACCAUGGAGACGGAUCCUCGCGAUAGUCCCAAGCCCAUGGCUGAGGGUCUUGCUGGAAACUUUGCUGGGUUCGACUUUGGUGAGACUGUCAGGAAGGGCAGCAUUGGAGGCAACAGCAUCGACACAGCGAGUGAGAGAGGAGUGAGCCCGAUUGACACAAAUGUCAAGCCCAAGCCUCUGGCAUCUGCCCGGACGGCCAGUCCUCUUGGAAGUGCGAGAACUGCCAGUCCUUUGAGGACUAUGCAGUCGAGUCCAAGUCUGAGCAUGCUUGACACAGCUUUGACCCGAACCCGAACUGCUAGUGAUGCGAUGUCGCCUCUGUCUUUGGUGUCUUCAUUGGCAUCAGCGGCAGCAGAGGAAGCUCCUCGUAUUCAGACACCUCAGCCUUCUCAGCAGCCCAAGCCGAUGCACCAGGCCCCCAAGAUUCUCCAACCUGGUCAGCUGGCAGAGCCCAUACAGAACAUUCGACCUGUCUCUCCUUCGCGCUCUCCUGCGCCAUCGCCGCUGUCGCAACCUCCUCAGCAAAGCUCACCUGGACCAUCUCCUAUUCUCGCUUCCUUCCCAGGCCGAGAGGACUCGCCGCUACUUAAUUUCGAAUUCCCUCGAUCUCCUCCUCGGAACCAGCAAUCGCUCGCACCAUCACCUCAGUACCCUCCUAAGCAGUACAAGGCAUACCAACCUCCCAACUCUUCUCCGCCUACGAAACCUCUACCUUCGCCAUACCGGUCACCUACCGCUCCUCUCCCACCUGUGCCACCACCUCGAUUGAACCCUGGAAACAGCAGGAGUAACACUCCCGACAUUGCUUCCAGAAGCGCAACCCCCGACACAACCCUCAGGAGUAAAACACCUGACACCACCGCGAGCGCCGAUCCAGGCUUCAUGAGCCGACCUCUCGAACCCCCGCCACGCGGCUUCCGUGCUCGAACCGACUCCGAGCCAAAGCUUGGCCGACCUCUUCGAGUUCCUGCUCUUGCUGAUCGCUCGGCAACUAUUCCUCUUGUUGGAAAUGGACCGCGAAGUGCUGUUGGUACGGGCUUUGAUGAUAGCGGUUUUGUUAAAGCUGCGCGUAUUCCUGAGCCACCAAGAACGGCAAGCCCGUUCCUAUGCCAGGCCGGCGAGCCUUCGCGAGCAGCGAGUCCGUUCCGCGCAUACAGUCCUCAACCUCCCCGAACAGCCAGUCCUGCUCGCACUCAUAGCCCUGCGCCCCCACAAGCGGCGAGUCCAUUCUUGCAGUCGAGUCCUCAACCACCUAGAACUGCCAGCCCAUUCCUCCAACAGAGUCCUAUGGAAGGUGAAUUUCCCAUCCAGAAGGGUCUACCACGAGGCCGUAGACCUCAACAGCCCGAGCCUCAAAGCCCUGAGAGGGGCUUUGGUUUGGAGCCAAGGAAGCAGCGUCGCCAGCCUCCUGUGUAUCCUCCGCCUAGAAACGAAUCGCCAGUGCGCCCCAAGGAGUCUUUUGAGCACCCCAGUACUCCCAACUGGAAUGACUUUGACCGCGCCGAAGCACACAAGUCUGCUAUUCCGGCUGCUCUCUCGCCUUUCCGCACUCAGUUCGCUCGUUCGCCCACACAGGCUACUGAUAGUUCGCUGAGCCCUCGACUUGCUCAGUACGCUUCUUCACCUAUCUCGGAUACACCACCAAGUCUGCCUUCGCCUUCGUUCCCCUCGUUGCAAAAGUCCAUCUCCAGCUCGAGCGAGAAUCUAUCGCGCGCGUUUGACUUUGAUGGACCAUGGGAACAUCGACCUGAGCCUAACCAAGGUAGACCCUUGAUCUCACCUGUCAUGGUGGACUUUGUGCCACCCAGGGACAGGGACCGCAGCAGGACUCGCGUUGAGGCCAAGAGGGCUCCCCCUCGACCAUCUCCCAUCACCGUUCCUCAAGGGGUUGCCUCGGGGCCGCACUCAUUGGAGUCUGCUAGAGCCAGAACUCCCAACCCUGUGGUUGAUGCAAACAACCCUGGCUUUAUCUAA